GGGCCAGACGGCGUCCGAGUCGCGCGCGCUGGGCGACCGUCCCCGCCGCUUCCCGGGGAGACGCGCUCGUCCGGUGCCCGGGGCGCGGCGAGGCCGCCCACCGCGCGGCGCCGCCCCGAGGGCCCGGGAAGGGCACCCCCCCGCCCCGGUUCUCCGGAACCCGAGUCAAGCCGCCCUGCGGCCCCAAACCCGCGGAGAGCGCGUGGGGUGGCCGCUGCGGGGCCCCCACCCGACCCCGGCUCCUCGAGGGGUCCGCGCAGCCAGCGCCCGGGCUCCUCCCCGGGACCGCGCGCGCCGCGGGGAAGGCGGGGCCGCGGACACCCGGCGGCGCGCCCUGCGCCCUGCGCCCCGCUAUCUGUGGUCCUUGCAGCCGCCGGCGCCGCAUGGGGCGAUGCGCCACCCGGAAACCGGCCCCGCUGGGCUCCCCCGCAGGCCUUUGAGCCCCUUUUCUAAUCCAUCGUCCUGAGCCCGGUGCCUGAGCCGGAGAGCUCGAGGUAUGGGUCACAUGCUCAUGCCUGAACGGGUCAAGGUGACCAGGAAAAGAGUUCCCUCAUUGGCCAAGCCUGUCCUCAUCUCUGGAGCACUGGUGGAGCAUGGAGAUUGGAGGGGGGGAUAACAGUCUCACAUGGAUGAGGAAUGGAAGAGGCCUGGAUUCUACAAAAGAAAAUUCGUGUGCUGCUACCAAAAAAGGAGGAGAAAGAUGCUUGGCCCUCCAACACUAUCUACUUCCUCUUCCCUUCUGUCAUCUUAUUCUUAAUUACAAAUCAUGGGGAAUCAAGAUAAAACAACUGAAUGUGAAGAUUCAGAACCAUCUACAGAGGUGAAUCCCACAGCUUCCACGUAUCGAGAAACACAGGAGGAAACAGCUACAAACCCCAAAGGUGUAGAUGGAAAUGAACCAACAGAAGGAAGUAACCUACUGAACAGCAAUGAAGAAAUGCAGGAAACACCAGCCGAACCAAAUCAUUUGCACCGACUGAGACAAACAUUUGCUUGCCCUCCGCGUGGUCUACUGGAUAGAGUGAUAACAGAUGUUACCAUGGUGGUUCUUCUGUGGGCUGUAGUUUGGUCAAUUACUGGCAGUGAAUGUCUUCCUGGAGGAAACCUAUUUGGAAUUAUAAUCCUAUUCUAUUGUGCCGUCAUUGGAGGUAAACUUUUUGGGCUCAUUAAGUUACCUACAUUACCUCCACUACCUCCUCUUCUGGGCAUGCUGCUUGCUGGGUUUCUCAUCAAAAAUAUCCCUGUCAUCAGUGACAAUGUGCAGAUCAAGCACAAGUGGUCUUCUGCUUUGAGAAGCAUAGCCCUGUCUGUCAUACUGGUUCGCGCUGGCCUUGGUCUUGAUUCAAAUGCCCUGAAGAAGCUGAAGGGUGUUUGUGUAAGAUUAUCCUUGGGUCCUUGUCUUGUGGAGGCAUGUACAUCUGCUGUUCUUGCCCACUUCCUCAUGGGUUUGCCGUGGCAGUGGGGAUUUAUGCUGGGUUUUGUUUUAGGUGCUGUAUCUCCAGCUGUCGUGGUGCCUUCAAUGCUCCUUUUGCAGGCAGGAGGUUAUGGUGUUGAAAAAGGCGUCCCAACCUUACUCAUGGCUGCUGGCAGCUUUGAUGACAUUCUGGCCAUCACUGGCUUCAACACCUGCCUGGGCGUGGCCUUUUCCACAGGCUCGACGGUUUUUAAUGUCCUCAAAGGAGUUUUGGAGGUGGUCAUUGGGAUGGCAACCGGAUUGCUUCUUGGAUUUUUUAUUCAAUAUUUUCCAAGCAGUGACCAGGACAAACUCGUGUGGAAGAGAGCGUUCCUGGUCUUGGGGCUGUCUGUGCUGGCCGUGUUCAGCAGCACGUAUUUUGGUUUCCCUGGGUCAGGAGGACUGUGCACACUGGUCAUGGCUUUCCUUGCAGGCAAGGGAUGGGCCAGCGCAAAGGCAGAUGUUGAAAGAGUUAUAGCAGUCGCCUGGUUCAUCUUCCAGCCCCUUCUCUUUGGACUGAUUGGAGCAGAGGUAUCCAUUACAGUUCUCAGACCAGAAACUGUAGGCCUGUGUGUUGCCACCCUGGGCAUUGCAGUAUUGAUACGAAUUUUGGCUACAUAUCUGAUGGUGUGUUUUGCUGGUUUUAACUUUAAGGAAAAGAUAUUUAUUUCUUUUGCAUGGCUUCCAAAGGCCACAGUCCAGGCUGCAAUAGGAUCUGUGGCUUUGGACACAGCAAGAUCACAUGGAGAGAAACAGUUGGAAGAAUAUGGAAUGGAUGUCUUGACAGUGGCAUUUUUGGCCAUCCUCAUCACAGCCCCAAUUGGAAGUCUACUUAUUGGUUUGCUAGGCCCCAGACUUCUCCAGAAAGCUGAACAUCAAACUACAGAUGAAGAAGAUCAAGGAGAGACUUCUGUACAGGUUUAGAGGUGAAAAGAGAGAAUGCUGAAUAUCAUCAUCAGAAAGCUGCUAUCAGAGGCUACUUUUAUCCAGAUGGAUAUUGACAUAUAUAAUGUUUAAGCUUAAAAUGUAAUAGAACCAAAGUGUGGCUAUUUCUUUAAACAGCAUUUCUAGCCAUUAGCCUUUCCGUAUGGCUGGUGAGGGUCAUGUUCUACAUCUCCAACCUGAUCUCUACCUUCUUUUUUUUUUUUCAAACACCUAUUCAUCAUUAUAUCUUAAUUUGUAUAGGGACAUAUACGCUUUAAUGUACUACCACAAUUUAAUUUCAGUGUCCUGUUCUGCUAGCCAACAGCUUGCUCUGUCUUACUGUUAGCAUCGCAGUUUCACGAUUCAUGGUCACCUAGCCUCUCAUGCCUUCACUUGUUUUGGGCUCCUCUUUUCCUUUUUGUUUCUAAAUGCCAUAAUACAAUCCCUCAUCAAUUUCUACCUUCCCUGUUAAUCAGCCUCUUCUCCAUUGCUACCUCUCUUAACUGUCUUUCUGUGGAGGAGUGUAACUCAUUGGUCCCACCAAAUCUUUAAGGUACACAAAAUAUCUUCGUUGGUUCUUGCUCUUGCGCCUGUCCAGAUGUCAAAGACCUUAUCCCAUCCCCCUAGCUAGCUACACAGAGUCCCCCAUUUCAGUGGCCCAUCUGACUUUCCUUCCACCUAAGAAGUGCCCUGAUCCAGCCCUUUCUUAUUUGUUUCUUGUGACCCACAUCUUCAGGCUCUUCCUGUUCUCUCGGUGAGAGAUAGCUAGUUUUCAAAGCUAUGACAGCUUCAUGAAUCUCGUAUUGAUCAGGGUAAGGUAAGCUGCUAUAAUGAAGAAAUGAAAAAUGAAAUAGAGAAAUUUAUUUCCCUCUUAUGAAACCAGCUGACAGGGUUACUCUGCUUAUGAGGUCUACCCAGAGACCCAGGCCCUUCUGUCUUGAGGCUCUGCCUUGACCUAGUGUAGGACAAAGAUUAAAGAUGUCUGUCCCCUUUUUGGUCCUCAGGAGGCAGGAAAAAAGAAAGUCCAAGGCAAGCAAUUUAUUUUUAAGGAAGUGAUGGGGAAGUUGGACAUAUCUCUCCUCUUAUGUAAUGUUGGUGGUGACCACACUCAGCUGUGAAGAGGCUGAGAAGUGUUGUCUCUCACUAAGCAUUCACAUUCCUGGGAGAUGGAAAGAGCAGAUUUGAGAGUCAGAAGUACCAUUGUGUUGGGUGUUACCAUCAUCUAGUAGCAUAUUCUUGCAGGUUAACAAGGACUAUGACUUCUGUGGCAGGAAUUUCAGGGAUUGUGACAGCCAGUAAAGGAGAUAAGAAGAAAGGCUAAUCUGCAAAAGUCACAUUUUAUUCCACUUAAUCCACAGACCAUCUCUGCUUUUGUGUAUCACGCGUAAAUUCCUCUACUCUAGGUCAACUCCUACCUAGUUGUUAGAAUAAUCAUGUUUAAAUAAACAUGUCAUUAGACUGCCUAAGGGCAUGAUUUAAUAGAAGACAAACAUAUGAACAAACUGUAAAAAGGGAUAUAAGUGCUCUGACAAAAGUGCAUAUAGGGUACGUACACCCUUCGUUUAGUUAUUAGGCUAACAUCUCAUGUUGAAACAGUCUUGUCAUUAGACUACUGUUCCAGCCACUUCCACCAUGACGUUGACCUCCAUUCAAAACUAGCUUAAUUUUUAUUAAGCUAACAUACUACAAAACCAUAGAAUCUUCAUUUUUAUGUCAGCGUGACUCUGAUUGUUCUCUGGGAUUGUAUUCCCUUAGUGUUUAUGUUCUCAAUUUGGACUGGAUUAGUUUAUACCAAAGUUCAGAUGGGUGAACUUCCUUGGUCACGUGCACCUUGGUGGUAGCACCGUAGACUUAAUGCUUCCCUGGUCCUCUAUUUUCACAAGCUCUGAAACGACCAGGAUGAGUCAAAAAUUAUCCGCACUCCGGUUCUAUUAAAACUUCUGUUGGCCGCACUGUCUUAUCAGUGCUUUCCGUUCAAGGCUACUCUCUCCCCAGUCACUGCUGUGCAGGUGUGUUACAUCAGUUCAUUGGUAACUGCAGUAUGAGUGAAAAUCGAUGCCCCACUUGUGAUCUGCGCGAAAGAAGAGCAGUGUGCAGUGAUUCGUUUUUUGUGGUCUGAGGGUGUGCACAUCUGCACACUUCUUCCCACACUGUCAACACUCUGCAAAAACUUCGUUUUGAGGUCUUAAAGCAUCCUUGCUAUAGUCCUGAUCUUGCUCCAUCGUACUUUCACCUGUUUGAUCCCGUGAAAGCAGCCCUACGAGGACAAAGAUUCACUUCUGAUGAAGAAGUGAAGACAGCAGUGCAUUUGCGGCUCGCAGCUCAGCCUGAAACACUUUUUAAUGAGAGACUGUGAAAGCUUGUCGACAGAUGGACAAAAUGUGUUGAAAAGCAAGGAGAUUACCUCGAAAAAUGAUGUAUUUGUCUUUUCUAAAAGUUAAUUAAAAUAAAUUCUACAGCCAGAGUGCGGAUAAUUUUUGACACCCUCAUAGAGUCAUCUGACAAAUACUUACGGAAAGCCUUUGGUGACCCAGGCACUUCAUGAAGACUAAUAUGGUUCCCAUCUUUAAGGAGCUGACAGUCUGAUAAAGGAGAGAGACUGUUAAACAAAAGAUUGCAACAUAGUGUGGUAAGUGCCCUGAUGCAGGAAGUGGAGGGGUGCCAGGGAGCUCGUAGCAGAAGCACUUUAUCAAUCCAGGGGGAGAUGCAGUUUAGGCACAGCCUCCAGAGAAAGUAGGACUUGGGUUAGGACAUGGAGGAUGAUCAGGACUUAGCAAAAGGCAUGUGAGACCCAAGGGUGCUGCAGUUAGUGCCGGCUCCCGUGUUCACCAGUAGCUCUUCUCUGUGUGACAGGCUUUGAAUACUUACUAAUACAAAGUAGAGUUAGUAUAAGUAAAUGAGGCUGUUCUUAAAAAUAUUCAAGGCCCCAAAGAAGAAUUAGAAAUGGAAAUUUACAGAGUGUAGAAGUAGUUGAAGAGCCCAGCAAGCCACUGCCAAUAGCCUGUGGCAUCUUCAGAGCAUGGAGCAACUUCCUUCCUACCUCUCCUUGGUGAGCAGCCACCACCCGGAUCUCUAUGGCUCUCUGUCGGCUACUGGUCUCUGCAGGGCUCACCACGAAGUCUCAGGUUUGUCACCACAUCGUAAGCCACAGCUCUUGACUUGGCUGGUGAACUCAGAGUUAACUUGAUACAGAGUGUUGACUCAAGCCAACCGAACUUACCCAACCCAACCACGGAUAGAAACCAUUAUUCCAACCUCUGGGUGCCUGAAAGAAAGGUGUGCGUACCCUAUACACACUUCUGUCGGAGUACUUAGGAUCCUUUUUUCAGUUUGUUUAUGUGUUUGUCUCCUAUUAAAUUAACCCCUGAGGGGUGGGAGCCUCAUCCUGGUCAUCUUUGAAUCCUCAGCAGUUUGCACAGCACGCGGAGCACCGUGGGCAUUUAGUACAUUUUUAUUAACUGAAUCAGUGAGGAGACUCUCCUCCUGUAUCAGAAAACUACCUGCCACAUAACAGUUUAGAUCUUAGUCUGCUCCGGCUACUACAACAAAACACCAUAGACUAAGUGGCUUAAACAGCAGAUACUUAGUUUCUCAGUUCCGGAGGCUGGGUGUCAAACGUGAGAGUUGGCAUCACGAUCAGGCUCUGAUGAGGGCUCUCUUCGUAGCGUGCUAAUAAUAACCUCCUCCUCGCCGGGUCCUCAUAUGGUGGGGGAAAAAAAUGGGAAUGGAGGGGAGUGUGCGGCUCUCUGGUGUCUCUUCUUAUAAAGACACUAGUCCCACCACGAAGGCUCUACCCGCAUGAUCUCAUCUAAUCUAAUUACCUCUCAAAGUCCCCAUCUCCAAAUACCAUCAUUUUGGGGGAUUAUGACUUCAACUUAUGGAUUUGGGGGGGGACACAAUUAAGUGCAUAGCAAGGAUGUCAUACUUCCAAGAUCAGUGCUAAACGCUGUAAAUUCAUGUUCUUAAACACACUUUUGUUUCUCCUAGGGUCAGUGCCAUCAAUCUUCUCUUUGAGAAGUGUUUGUUUGUCUUUAGACAGACUGAUUAGGCUUCAGCUCUUUAAGUUAUUUUUCACAUGCUAGUGUUUUUCUCUCUGGUGUUAACUCCGUAUAACAUUGAUUGGACUUGAGUGUCCUCAAAAUGUCCUCAGUCUUAUGUUUGCAAAUGUCAUCCAUUACAUUCUUUAAAAGUGGUACUGAUUAUUUUUGUCUGAUUACAAAAUAAUACAUUUUCAUUGCAGAAAAUUUAGAACACAGGAAAGCACAAGAAAGAAAACUGAAACUACUCUUCAUGUAAACACCAAUUUUAUUUUGAUUCUUUUAAAUUUUACUCUUGCAGUUCAGGGGGAUGUCAUUCUCAGAACAGUAUAUCAUCCAUUGAAUUAGUUGGGUGAAAUGCAACAUAAAUAUAUUUGACUUCUGUGAAGAUAUAUAGAUUGAAGAAUUUUUGUUAUACAUAAUGAAUGCUAAGCCUUCCAAAAAAUAAUUUAUUCACCUGGUAAUAUUCAAAUAUUCAUUUUGCAAAGAAUUAAACAGACAAAUCCCUGCCUUUAUGGAGCUUAUGUUCCAUUCAUUCACUCACUCAACAUACACUGGGAACUUGCCUACUAUGUGCCAGUUUCGCUACAUCCUGGGAAAUACAGUGAUGAAGAUAUUCAAGGGUCCUAUUUGAUGAAACUUGAAUUCUAGUGGGAGAUUGGCUUUGAGGGGAAUACAAAUAUGAAUGAGAUACUUGCCUUCAAGAACCUUACAAGGAAAUAAGGUGUGUACAAGUAGCUGUAAUCCAAAUGAAUGAUUCAAAACUGUUCUCAGUGAGGAAAACUUCUUAAAAGAGGUGAUACUUGAACUGGACCUUGAAAAGUGGAUAUGAUUUGGAUUGAUGAGUUGAUAUUAGGGAGUAAGGCAAAGAUAGGCACAUCCAGGUAGAGGGCUGGCAUAUUAGCAAAGUGUGAAAACAGUAAAGCCUGGGGUACAGUAAAUGAGUGACACUUACGGUUAAUAAAGGGAAUUAGCAAGAGGUAAGACUGGAAAAGAAAAUUGGCACUUAAAUCAUACCAAAUAGAUCAUUGGCCAAAUUUCUAUUUUUAUUGAAGUACUUUUAUUGAAGUACAGAACCAUUUAUAUAGAAGAUAUUUUUGAAACUACUUUCAUAUCAAAUUUAGUGAAAAUUGCUGU